GGAACUGAUCCACAGAUCCCAUGUUUCGCUAAAGGUUCGUCCCGAAAUCCAGAACGCAUGAUACGUACAUAGUUAAGGCAGCGCCUUGGAAAUAGAAGAAGUAGAAUUUCUGUGCCGGUAACCUAGUGGCUUGAAAGACAUCACUUUCUAGACGGUAAAGGUUUUACGUGACCACUUUGUACCCCGCUCGCAAGGUUUGCAAACCUCUAGUUUCAAUCAUGAGUACAAUUUUGUGAAGUUUCUUUUUUCUGUCUUGCUCGCAGACGAGGAGGCCCCCACCCCAAAAAAAUGGAGCCCGUGUUGACUGAGUCCGGCUCGCUCUCGAGGGGCAGUAACCCCUUGCUUUUUCUUGCGCAGACGCCAGGGUCGACCACCUCGGGAGCGGCAGAAGCUCAGAAGGUAUUUGGGCAAAUUAACGUCGCGUGCGCUCUCCUGUCUGCCUGCGUGGUUUUCUUGUACCGAAUUGGUGUGAGAGUCGCUCCCAAAAGCCGGAUGUCCCUACUGCUCUGCACCAAAUGCGCCAUCGGAUGGGCGAUCGGGGACCUCUUCCUGCACGGAGUCGGGAUCCAAACAGAAUGGCUGAUCACCAUCGGAAACUUGCUGUUCUUUUUCCUCGCCGGGGGGCCCGACUGCGUGGUGAUAACCCUGUCCUACGCGUGGCUGUGUGGCAGCGUGGGCUUCCUCGCAAUAACGAGCGACAAGAGCUAUUUGUACUGCAACCCCGAGAAGCAUCCGGGCUGGGAAAUACACACCGCCGUUACCGUGCUGGGAAUCCUUCUAACGCUGGUUUGCAUCAGCAUCAGGCCCGUCUUCGUGAAUUGGGAGGUGGUCACGCUGCCGCCGCUUGCGGCAACCACCUUGCUUGCGUGCGUCACGCAGGCUCCGGUCUUCCUGUUUGCAGGUACUAAAAAGUGUGAGUUUUAUGUAUGAGGUCAUGGUCAGGUAGACGUAGAGGUGAAUUAAUGUCGAUAGAGCAUGUUUGUUUCUUGCAGAAAAACAAAAAUUCGUUCUGGGAAUUUAACCAUGCAAAACUCAAGGAGAUCCCAUACCCGGAGCCUUCGACGUGUCGUUUCCGGCGUCGAUUCCAAUCGUGUGGGCUAGCGUUUAUGCCUGCGGAGUCCUUUUGCAGAUCCUCUCCCAGACAGCGAGUUCCACCCGAAAGAUUGAUCUCAGCGACCCAUCAGGUACAUAAAAAUUUUCGCUGGCAAUUACUUGUAGAUGCAGAUGGAUGCUCUUGUCCUUUUUUAUGGUUGUGUGAAAAUUUUUAUCGUGUUUGUUUCGGUCCUACGUAGUACCAUGCUGCAUGCUCAAAUAUAAUUUCACAGCGGGGCAGAACGACCUAAUGCGACGACUGCUGGCAGAUUCAGAAGUGACGCGGACGGACUUGUUUGAAAGCCGGUUUCCGAUUGUGCAGGGAAUGGGUGCCGGGAACCAGCCUGGAGACCCUUUCCGUGCCCACAUCAAUCAGCCUCCCGUGCCGAGCGGGUCGGGGGGCAUUUUAGAGCGAGCGCAGCGAGAAAACAAUGGUGUGCUGACAGAGAACGAGGAGAAAAUUCUUGCGAUUUGUAAAGAGGACGAGGAGCAGCGCAAUCGGAUACUUUUCGGCGGCGGACUCUGGUGAGGCUUGAUCGAUAUUUUAUUUGUAUUCGCGGCAUGAUGUUUCUUUAUUCACCUAAAAGCCCACUGCGACAACAGCGACUGAUAUUUCACAUAUUCAUAGAGGAAAAGCGACAGAUUAUUCCUGAGAAAACAUAGGAGCCGCGCUGACAGCACCAUCGGCGUCACACACUUGGUCUUGCUUUUGUGCAGCGUCACAGCAAACCCAAACAUUUUGUUUAAUCGCGACUUGAAAUGAUGUCAUAAGAAAUUCGUUGUAAAACCUUUUUCAACAAAACGAUAACAAAGAACCAAGAAAAUGCCCCCUACUAUCG